UUUUUUUAGUUAGGCCAGUUAGGGGGCGCAAAUGCUCUUGAUCGCCCCGAGUUGUGCUCCAUUUAAGUGAACGAUGAAAACAGCUGAGGACGCUGUUACGGCAGCAGGGCGAAGUCAGUGUGCUAAAGUUGAAGUAGUUCUGUCAGCAAAAACAUUGACGUUACAAAGUUCACUGCACGCAAUAAAAAGAGCGCCAUUGCUUGUGUGGGAAAAUGGCUCAAUAUUCUCGCGUUUCGGGAAACGUUGGCUUGAUUACGCUUCAAAAUCCUCCUGUUAAUGCAUUGAGCGCAGCAGUACGUCAGGGCAUCGUGGACACCGUGAAGAGAGCACUCGGUGAUCCUGAGGUGAAGUCUGUUGUGAUAUGUGGCCAGAAUGGAGUGUUUUGUGGGGGAGCAGACAUCAGAGAGUUUGGGACCCACAUGACUGGGCCUCCACUGGUGCCAAUGAUCCACGCCAUAGAGAUGGCGGAUAAGCCAGUGGUGGCGGCCAUAGAAGGGGUCGCUCUGGGCGGAGGCCUGGAGUUGGCACUUGGCUGUCACUAUCGAAUAGCUCACACCAAGGCUAAAGUGGGGCUUCCAGAGGUGACUCUGGGUCUGCUACCUGCUGCAGGUGGAACCCAACGUUUGCCAAGGCUCACCGGACUACCGGCAGCUAUAGCUCUCAUCACCACUGGGCGUCAGAUCACCACCGCCGAAGCGCUAAAACUCUCAAUAGUGGAUCAGGUUACAGAUUACAGCGCCGUGGAUACAGCUGUCAAGUUUGCCAAGAGUGUUGCAGAACGGUCUCUGGACGGCCGCCGUGUCAGCGAGCGCCCGUGCCCUUGUCCUCCCGAUGUGGAUGCCCUCUUUGAGGCAGCGAUGCAGAAGGUCCGCCAGAGCGCCCGUGGAGCCAUCGCGCCGGUGGCUUGUGUCCAAGCACUGCAGGCGGCCGCCACUAUGCCCUACGCCCUGGGCAUGCAGCGGGAAAAGGAGCUGAUGGCCACGCUGUUCACCUCUGGCCAGGCUCGCGCUCUACAGUACAGUUUCUUUGCUCAGAGAGCUGUGGGCAGGUGGAGCCUGCCCAGUGGAGCACGCUGGGACGGCAGCAAGCCCAGGCCGAUCCGUAAAACGGCGGUCAUCGGUCUUGGGACAAUGGGGAGAGGCAUAACAGUUUCCCUUGCUCAGGCGGGGUUGUCUGUGAUUGCUGUGGAGGCCCAGGAGAAGCCGUUGAAGGAGGCACAGCAGGCCAUAUCAGGCAUGCUACAGCGAGGGGCCAAGAGACGAGGGGGGGCCCCUCCACUUGAUCUGAUCACCUAUAGUGCAAACCUCCAAGCAGUAGCGGAUGUUGACCUGGUCAUCGAGGCUGUGUUUGAAGACGUGGCCCUGAAGAAGCAACUCUUCCAGCAUCUGUCUGCCAUUUGUAAACCAGAAGCGUUCUUGUGCACCAACACGUCCGCCUUAGACAUCGACCUCCUGGCCUCGCAGAGCCGCCACCCAGAGCUGGUGGUCGGGAUGCAUUUCUUCGCCCCAGCACACGUCAUGAAGCUGCUGGAGGUGGUGCAUGGCUCGCGUUCCUCUCCCGAAGCUGUGGCCACCGCUAUGAAUCUGGGCAAACAAAUGGGCAAAGUGGGCGUGGCUGUGGGUAACUGCCACGGAUUUGUGGGGAACCGCAUGCUGAAGCCAUACCUGGAACAAGGCUUGUUCUUGUUAGAAGAGGGAGCCACACCAGAGAUGGUAGACGGAGCGCUGGAGGAGUUUGGUUUUGCCAUGGGGCUCUUCAGAAUGUCUGACCUCUCCGGGAUUGAUGUAGGCUGGAGGGUUAGGAAGGGAGAAGGUCUGGUGCAGCCUGGCGCCUCAGUUCGAGUCCGACAAGGCCGCAGGUACAGCCCCCUCGGGGAUCUCCUCUAUGAGCAAGGGCGGUUUGGACAGAAAACAGGCCGAGGAUGGUAUCGUUAUGACAACCGUCAUGAAGCCAAGCCUGACCCAUGGCUGAACAACUUUCUGGAGGAUUAUCGAGCCCGACAUGGCCUGGCUGCACGCCGCAUAGAAUGCCAGGAGGUCCUGGAGCGCUGUCUGUACACCCUCAUCAAUGAGGGCUUCCGCAUCCUUGAGGAAGGAAUAGCAGCUGGACCCGAAGACAUCGACGUCAUCUAUGUGCUCGGCUACGGCUGGCCCAAGCACCGCGGCGGUCCAAUGUACUACGCCAGUAUGGUGGGCCUGAUCAAGGUCCUGGAGAGGCUGGAGCACUACCUGCGGGCCCACCCAGAUGUGCCUUCCCUUCAGCCCUGCAGCCUUCUACGCAGGUUGGUGGCCAGCGGCAGCCCGCCAAUCCACAAGUGGAGAAAAAUCAUCAAGAAAACUCAGAGCCACCUAUAAAUCUGCAAUCUUUUUUAAUCGCCUCCUGAAAAAUACAAACUGCAUAAUGACAAUACAUGCAGGCUCCAAAGGAUGAAAAUACUUAGUUUGAUUUUCCAAAUGAUUUUGGAAGUUCCAUCUCAACGGUGUCAGAAGAAUGACUCAAUGUGAUGUGCCGCAAACAAAGCUUUGGUCAAAGCACUGUGCCGACACUAUGAUGAACAACUUCACUGAAUCUCAAAUGACUUUGCCAAAGAAAAUCAAUACGCUUGAACUUUUCUGCCUUUAGACUCCUUCUGCAUGGAACAAAAGCAUUCUCUGCUGUAAACAGCACACCUUUUGGUUGUUUUCCCAACCCGUAAAUCUUUUUUUGGGUUAUUGGCAAACUGUUUAGCUGCUUUUUCCACAGAAUUCCCCAUCGCGAAUAGAGAAAACCGCAUCGGAAAAGUCACCUUUACUGAUGCCACGUCUGCUCCGUUUUAUUACAUGUCUACCGUUCAA